AUGGCGAUUAUUUGUAGGGUAUUCGGCAUCGGCGUGGACGUAGUGCUGGUGUCACGCUUCGAGAAGAGCUUCGCGCGCUUCGGGCAGCGUCUGCUGGUACGCGCCUUCCACCCAGAAGAGAUCGUCGAGUUUCACGCGCGACCGAGCGCUGAGCGCGCCACGUUCCUGGCAUCUCGGUGGGCGGUCAAGGAGGCGACGCUCAAAGCUUUUCAGCGAUACCGUGUGCUCUUUCCCGAGAUCAAUGCAGUGCGAAGGGGGAAUGAGGAGCCUGGAGUCCCUACAGCGUUGCCAGUGACGGAGAACUCCAAGGCACUGAAGCUACAGUUCUCGGGCGAGACAGAGGCACUGGCCAAUCGCCUGAAAUUAGUGGAGUCAAUGGUGUCGAUCUCGCACGACGGAGACUACGCCGUGGCCUACGUGCUCCUGCGACAAGAGGCGAACGAUGCACCACCCAGCGAGGAGUGACUAAAGUCAAGGCAAGAACGGCGUAUAUAGCGCAUGCAGGCAUGCGCUAAAGCUCUACUCUUUCUGUGCGCGGUGUACACGUAAGUAUUGGGAUAAAUUAAAGAUGGUCAGGACAGCAUACUAUGUAGCAACGAGAAGGGUAACAGUAUACUUCCUGUUGGUUCCAA